AUGUUUCCCGUACCCAACUCUACCCUCCCUCACUGGCGGACGGAACUCCACGAUCUCGACUCCCAUCGCAGCACGCCGGAGCUACCCGACAAACAGGACAUCGUCAUUGUAGGCGCCGGCUUUGCGGGCGCGUCGCUGGCUUACUACCUGCUGAAGGAUAGCCCCGACCCCGUCCAAGCCGAGCGUCACGAUCCUGGAGGCCAGACAGGCCUGCUCCGGCGCGACUGGUCGGAAUGGUGCGUCCUACACAGACUCUUCUACCUCCUUAUGCCAAUGGACCACGAGCUCGUACAAUCCAUGUCGAGCGGCCACCUCCGCCCCGACGUCUUCAGCGGCGUGGCGAGGUGCCUGCAAAUGCGGGGCCUCGCCAUCGCGAACGAAGUCGGCCUCUUUGAGCUCGCCAACGCGGAGGCCGUGACGGCGCUCGUGCGCGACGAGGGCAUCGCAUGCGACCUCACGCCCGUGACGUCGGGAUGCGCGUUCGUGGACGACGCCGAGGGGGCCAAGGCCAAGAAACUGUACGAUGAGAUGGUAGCACUCGGGUGUCCGACGCUGGAGCAUGUCACGUACCACGGCGCCGAGGACGCCGAGAGCGUCUCGGGGGUCAAGGGGGCGUGGGCGCUGUUUACGUUUCCGGCUGCUACUAUAUGGCCUUAUAAGAUGGUGAUGCACCUCCUCGCGCUCGAUAUUGCGAAUGGCGCCAACCUGCAGACGAACACGUCGGUCCAGGAGGUCUCCCAGACGCCGGACCCCGACGGCUACUGGACACUGAAGACGCCGCGCGGGUCGACGAGAGCGCGGCGGGUGGUCUUUGGUACGAAUGCGUACACGGGCGCUGUGCUGCUGGAAUACAAGCACGCUAUCUACACCAACCGCGGGACCUGCGCGCGAAUCGUGCCAGUAGCCGCCGUCCCUUCCUCCGAAUCGGACUCAGCGUCGCCGCCGAGACAGCCCCUGGCCUCGUGCGGCAUCUGUGUGAGGAGCCCGGGGUCGAUGGAGAGCUACUACGGGAUGCAGCUCGACGGCAGUGUCAUCGUCGGCGGCGCGCGGAGCAGCUUUCGCAUCCCAGGCCAGGAGGGGCUGUGGUUGCGGACGGUGGAUGACGCGUCGCUGAUCGAGCCGGCGGUGCCGUAUUUCGCGGCCUGGGCGGGGAAGAUGCUGCUGGGCUGGGAGGACGUGGAGGGGAGGGUUGAGAAGGUCUGGACGGGGAUUAUGGAGAAUACCACGGACGAGGCACCGCAUGUCGGGGAGGUACCGGGGAAGCCUGGUCUUCUUAUCUGUGCUGGGUUCGAGGGAUAUGGCAUGCCCAAUGUGCUGCUCUGCGCGAAGGGACUCGUCAAGGUGAUGGAGGAUGGGUGCCCCUUUUCUGAGACUGGGGUUCCGGCGUGUUAUGAGACGAGCUUGGAAAGGCUGCGAGCCGCGACUCAGCAUUAA